AUGGAGAAAUCAUUUCGAUGCCUGCGUCUCGCAGUGGCUGUGGCUGUUUUUACAAAAAGCUAUGGUUAUAACGACGUUCUUCAUGAUGUGUGCAACGAUGCUCCGCCUAAACCAGGUUCUUGCAGUAAUCACACACUCAAGUUUACUUUCAACAUAUACCUGAAGCAAUGCCAACCCGCUUAUGUCUGCGGCUCUUCUGGCACUAAGAAUAUCUUUGACACUAAACAACUAUGCCAGAAAACCUGUCCGAUUGAUAAGUUCUGCACUAUGCCAAGACCAUACACUUCGUGCAGUGCUGACGCUACAAUAAUAACUACGUGGCAUUUGAGUCCCUUCACCAGGAGAUGCGUUUCGGCCACCGGCUGCACCUUUGCACUCCCCGAUUUUCAAACACAGAGGGAAUGCCAAGCGGCCUGCAGAAAACACACCGUGUGUUAUCAGCCAAGCGAUGAAGGAGAACCCGUUGGAGGCGUGGGGAGCUUCUGGCGUUUCAGUCGUAAACAGCAUCGUUGCCUUAAGACUGGAUAUUCUGAAGGAAAUAGAAACAUUUUCGGGAAUGAAAAGGAAUGCAUGGAAACCUGUCCUUACGGAGGGCACUUAGAAGAAUGCAAACUCCCUAAAAAUGAAGGCUACGACUGUCUGCAACAAGGAAAGUCUUUCAUCCGAUAUUACCAUGAUCAUAAAAGUGGCCAGUGUAGUCGUUUUUUCUAUAAGGGCUGCUGCGGGAAUGCCAAUAACUACUUAACAAAGCGUGCGUGCGAAGUAACCUGUCAAGUUUUAAGAAGGUAA